AUGACGACCGAAUCCGAGAGCGUCUCUGCCGGCCAUUUCAAUUUAGACGAGAGUCUGGACGCCGUUGCUGCAACUUGCGGCGGUAGCGUCACGGGGGCCGCUGCUGCAACUCCGUCGGGCGCAUCAGCGGCUGCGGCCGGUUCAGGUUCGCCCAGCCGCCGACCGCGAAGCAGCGCCACCGUCAACAGCGAUCUCCAUCAUCUGAGGCACUCGGGCGACUCUGGAGACAGCGGCGUGAGCAGUCCCGGCCCGCCCAGCUCGGAGGCAUCGGAGCAGAAACAUUCGGGCGAAGAGGAGAAGGAAGAAGACGCGGACGAGGAGGACGACAGAGGCAGCGACAAUCUCUCGUACAGGGACCGCGUCGUCAUGGAGGUGGUCGAGUCCGAAACCGUCUACGUCCGCGACUUGCAGCAGGUCGUCGAGGGUUAUUUGUAUUUUUGGCGGGACGAAGGGGAGCGAGCGCCGCUGAGUCCCGAACAGGCGGUCGCCCUUUUCGGCAACGUGGACGACAUUUACCGUUUCAACAGCCAAUUCCUGACGCAACUGCAGUCGUACGGGCUCGAUCCCGUUGAGGUGGCACGCUGCUUCGUCCGCAACAAUUCCGGCUUCACCAUCUACACCGACUACUGCACCAACUACCCCAGGAAAGUGUCGGUGCUGACAGAUUUGAUGAGGAACGAGGCGGCCAGCCGGGCGUGUCACGAGAGGCAGACGCAAUUGCAGCACACGCUGCCGCUCGGCUCCUACCUGCUCAAACCGGUCCAGCGCAUCCUCAAGUACCACCUGUUGCUGCAAAACAUCGUCAAGCACUGCGACCGAUCGCAGACGCCCGGCUACACGGACAUCAUCGUGGCCCUGUCGGCCAUGACGGGCAUCGCUCACCACAUCAACGACAUGAAGCGAAAGCACGAACACGCCGUCAGAGUCCAGGAGGUGCAGAGUCUUUGGACCUACGGCGAACUGGUGGCCGAGGGCUCGUUCCGCAUGUACGGAGCCAAGGCGCCACGCCACGUUUUCUUGCUGGAUCGCAUGUUGCUCAUCGUCAAGCGAAAGGAGAACGGCACUUUGGGCUACAAAGUUCACAUCAUGUGUUCCAAUCUCAUCCUGAUUGAGAGUGUUCCCGGCGAGCCGCUUAGUUUUCACGUCAUCCCGUUUGACAACCCGCGCCAGCAGUACACCCUCGAGGCAAGGAAUCUGGAACAGAAAAGGGAAUGGGCGCUGCAAUUGAAGCGUGUCAUCCUGGAGAACUACGACGCCGUCAUUCCACACCACGCCCGCCAAUUGGUCCUGCAGUUGGGUCAGGACCAGCGCUGCAACCAGGAGAGGCCGGCUAGCAACAGUUGAGGCGGCGGUCACGGCUACGACCGAGGAGACUACGCUUACAGCACCACCUCUUCUGGCAGCGGAUCCUCAUCGGCCGCCCACCACCACGUCAAGAGGCACCAGCACUCGGCUCCCGAAUACCUGGAGAGGCGCAAACUCGACCGCCGGCCUCACGGCCAAAGGUCGCAGCCGCAAGGGUCGAAAAUUGAGCCACGACGGAUCCAGUCCGCGUGAAUCGCCGCUCAUCCCGCGACGAUUGCGCAGGAGUUUGGACUAGCGCGACAGGAGCGUCAGUCAGGACAGGAGCGACGUCGAUCACGAACGCAAGUGCAGUACGCACAGCUGUCCGUCGGCAGCAGCCGAAGCGGCUAAAAAUAAGGUGCGGAAAUUUGGAGCGUGGCGGCGUCGGUCUGAACUUGUCGGAAAACGAGUCAGGUUGUG